AUGGCUAGCCCGAUCCAUGAUUCAAUGGAACCAAUUGCUGUGGUAGGAAUUGGAUGUCGUUUCCCUGGUAGCGCUACGUCUCCUUCACAGCUAUGGCAGAUGCUCUGCUGUGGGGAAAGUGCCUGGUCUGAAAUCCCCAAGGACCGUCUUAAUGUCUCUAGUUACUUCCACCCAAGCGGAAACCGAGAAGGCAGUAUUCCUUUCACAGCCGGCCAUUUCCUGACCCAGGAUGUUGGCGCGUUUGACAGCUCAUUCUUUUCCAUCCCAGCCGAUGAAGCCAAAGCGAUAGAUCCGCAACAACGAAUGCUUCUCGAGGUUGCGGUAGAAGCUCUAGACAGCGCCGGUGUUGACCGCACAGCUUUAAAGAAGAGCGAUACAGGAGUUUGGGUUGGCUCCUUCGUGAAAGAUUAUGAGCAGAUUGUCUUGCGUGACCCCGAUAACUCCCCAAAAUAUGGGGCGACCGGUAACGGAAUAGCGAUCAUGUCGAACCGUAUCUCGUUCUUCUUAGACAUUAACGGCCCAAGCAUGACCAUCGACACAGGAUGCAGUGCCAGCUUAGUUUGUGUUCACAAUGCUUGUCAAAGCCUUCGUAAUGGAGAGAUCGAUGUUGGGCUUGCUGGCGGUGCCGGGUUGAUCCUGACGCCUAAUACUAUGAUGCCUAUGACGGCGCUAAAUUUCUUGAGCCCGGAUGGUAAAUGUUACACGUUUGAUGCGCGUGCAAAUGGCUACGGCCGAGGUGAAGGAAUCGGUCUUGUGGUUAUGAAGCGUCUCUCAGAUGCCAUACGAGAUAACGAUAAUAUUCGUGCCGUAAUUCGAGGUUCUAACGUUAACCAGGACGGGCGCACACCUGGUAUUACUCUACCUAGCGCGGAAGCUCAGCUUCGUAAUAUAAGAACAGUGUACAAGAAAGCUGGCCUACCUGUUGACAAUACGGCCUAUGUCGAAUGCCACGGCACCGGUACACAGGCUGGUGAUUGGAGAGAGUUGAAAGCAAUUUCAGACGCGUUUUGUGCAGAGCGUAGUUUCGAUAACCCUAUAUACGUCGGUUCAGUCAAGACAAACAUUGGUCACCUCGAAGGAUGUGCCGGAAUUGCCGGGCUGGUUAAAGGAAUCCUCACCAUUGAGAAUGGAAUGAUUCCACAGCAUCUCAACUUCGAGGCGCCUGGAAACCCAGCUAUUGACUUCAACGGCUGGAAAGUCAAGGUUCCGAUCGGUAAUACUCUCUGGCCCACCGAAGGACUUAGACGUGCGAGCGUUAACUGUUUUGGCUUUGGCGGAACGAACGCACAUGUUAUCCUCGAUGACGCUGCUCACUACCUGGCUCAAAGGGGGCUCUCGGCACACCAUAACACCACACUUCGUGAUGGCACUCGAAAUCUGCCAAUCCCUAGUACCACGAUGCACGAGUGGGUUAGAUCCGUACAGGGGAUGUCAAUUCCUACCCGCGAUUCGAAGACACAUCUCUUCAUUUUUUCGGCCCACGAGCAGAAAGUAUUAACUCGAAUCCUCAAAGACUACGCGUCUUACGCCGGAGAGCAACUUGAAUCCUCGCCUAGAAAUAUCAUGGAAGAUCUUGCGUACACUCUAGGUUGCCGGCGGACACAAUUACAAUGGAGAGCAUCAGUCGUUGCGCGAUCACCCGAGGAGCUCAUUCAAAAAUUAGUUAACUUACCAAGUAGCGAUCUCAUUAGGGCAUCAGAGGACAGGAGCUCUAUCAGAUCAGCCUUUGUAUUUGGUGGCCAAGGAGCCCAAUGGUUUUCUAUGGGCAGGGAGCUUCUCGGAUUUGACGCCUUCUUGCAGUCGAUCGAGGACGCAAGCUUGUAUCUGCAGACUAAGCUAAACGCCCCUUUUAGCCUGCUUGCAGAGCUUCUUAAGGAUGAAAGCCACUCCUUGGUUAAUCAACCCGAGAUUUCCCAGCCAGCAACUACAGCAAUACAAAUGGCACUUGUAGACCUAUUGACGAAAUAUUUUGGAGUUAGCCCAAACUAUGUCUGUGGUCAUUCUUCUGGCGAGAUUGCGGCAGCUUACACUCUGGGGGCUCUCUCACAGGAGAACGCCUGGGAAUUGGCCUUUCACCGGGGACGCUGCGCUGGAGCUAUGCUGGCUUCGAAAGACGAAGAAUGCUUAAAGGGUGGCAUGCUUGCCGUUGGUCUGUCAGCUUCUGAAGUACAAAGAUAUGUGGACCUAGUCGGCGACGACAAAGUGGUGGUGGCUUGCAUCAAUAGUCCAGCUUCUGUGACUUUGUCUGGCGAUGAAAGUGCAAUCCAAGAGCUUCAGGAAGUUUUCCAAGCCGCCGAUGUCUUCAAUAGACUUCUCGUUGUAGACAUCGCAUACCAUUCACACCACAUGAAGCGUUGCGAAAACGCAUAUCUCCAAUCGAUCGCGCACAUCAAACCGAAGAAGCCAAGGAAUGAGAUGAUCACGCAUCCUCACAAUUCAGGAAAACUCGUUACGCCUAGUGACAUCCGAGUGGGAACUAACUCCGUGUAUCUCAGUAACGACACCCCCAUCAUGUAUUCGUCCGUUACUGGACAUGUCAUUAGUUGGGAGGACCUUUCUCCUGAGUAUUGGGUAAGGAAUAUGGUGUCGCCGGUCCUUUUUGCUGACGCUAUGCAUCGGAUGAUGAGCGUCAAAAAUAGUGAGAAGCCAAGCUUCAUCCUAGAAGUUGGACCGCAUUCAUCACUCCAAGGUCCUAUAAGACAGAUCCUCGACGCCGAGGAAAAGCUUAGGCAACAGCCGGUUUAUUCAUCUGUGCUUCACAGGGGAAAAGACGCGGCUACAACUCUAUUGGAAGCUACUGGGAAGCUCUGGGGCAAUGGGUUUGACGUCGCCAUGCCCUGGGUAGUCAUGAGGAAUGUACAGACUGAGCGACCUAGGCUACUCGUUGAUCUGCCAAAGUACCCCUGGAAUCACGACAAGGUAUAUUGGCACGAGUCACACUUGUCGCUGGCCAAUCGUUUCCAGAUUCAUGGAAGAUAUGAUCUCAUCGGGCGACCAACAGCUGAUUCUAUUCCAUUUCAACCCCGAUGGCGUGGCUUCUUCCGCGUCUCAGAGAAUCCGUGGAUGUUGGAUCAUCAAGUGCAGAAGACAAUAAUCUAUCCAGCCGCCGGCAUGGCUGCUAUGGUACUCGAGGCUGCUAAGCAACUGGCUUCGGAACAGGUUUCGGGGUACCAGAUCACCAAGUUCAAAAUUCAGAAAGCUAUGAUCAUUCCGAGUACACCACAUGGAUUAGAAUAUGCUUUAAACCUCAACAAAAGGGACUGUCAAAUGGCUGUGGCUCCUAUUGAGGAUGGCAGAUCUUCCUCAUUAGCUAUACCUUCAGUCUCUUUCGAGUUUUCUAUAUACUCCAAACAGCUCGACAAACCUUGGGAGGAACAUGGUAGCGGGUAUGUGACAAUUCAUUACCACACAGCUCCUAAGGAGGUAAAAAAAUAUUAUCAGGCGUACCUUGACGCAAAGAAGGAGUGCAUCGACCCCGUUAAUCCAAGACAGCUUUAUGAGAGUCUAGAUGUUAUUGGCAUGAACUAUGGUAGGCUGUUCCAGAACAUCGAAUCUCUCCAUAGGCAGGGCGGUGUUUGUGUCGGCGCUAUUCGUAUUCCGGACACAAAAUCUGUCAUGCCCGCAAAUUUUGAAUAUCCGCAUAUUAUUCAUCCGACGACCUUGGAUUCGGUCUUCCAAACCGCCUUAAGUUUCGGAAACGGUCCGAUGGUUCCCUCUUUUCUUGGAAGUCUCUAUGUAUCGGCUAACUCUCCCACGCUCUCAGGGGCUGGCAAACGACUUGCUGCCCAUACUUGUGCAAAGCUUAACGGACGACUUGGUGCAUCUGCAUCCUUUGUUGUUUCGGAACAGUCCUGGUUGGAAACGUCCAGUGCUAAUCCACUCAUGAUAAUUGAGGACAUGACUUUUACCGCCUUGCACCGGAGCGCGACACAGGAACUCGAUUUCCUCCCGAAUCAUCGUAGUCUCUGUUCCGAGAUUACUUGGGAGGAAUUCAACAUUUUAGAAAACUCCAAAGAGCAGCAGGUUGAGCUGACCAACAGCCUACUUAUCCUUAUUCCUGUAGACGCUAGUCCGGAUAUUAGCGGGCUCCAAGCUGAACUCUCUAAGAACUUGAAUUGUCAGUUCCGAACAUUGAGUAGUAUCAAGGAGAACGAGAUACUUCCAAGAUACUGUAUCUCCCUUUUGGAGGCCGACGGGCAAGCAUUACUUUGGAAAUGGACAGAACAGGAAUUUAUUGCAUUCCAGAACGUGGUUUGCGCCAUGAAAGGAAUCUUCUGGAUCACUCGUGCUUCACAGCUCGAGGCUACGAACCCGAAAUCUUGUCUGGCGCAGGCUUUGGGGCGGACUAUACAAUCAGAGUAUCCUAAGAAGAAGCUAGUCACAUUUGAUGUCGGUAUCGAUCUGAGCUUUGCCUCUACCAUGGUGGUAUCAUUCACUCAGACACUCUUAAGAUUGGUCGCGCGAUCUUUCUUUAGACCUCGGGUUGUGGAGCCUAUUGAAACGGAAUAUAUUGAACGUAAUGGGCAAAUCAUGGUUCCAAAGCUGGUUCCCGUGAGCUCGUUGAAUUCUAUGAUUGAACGCGGCUCUGCACCAGCAGAGCCAGACCAGCAGAUGAUGCCAAAUCCGCAUGAAAGGCCCCUUAAGCUUGAGAUUAGACAAGUAGGCGAUACGGGAAGCUUGUACUGGGGUGAUGACCCUGACGCCAUCCUUCCUCUGUCUCCGGGUGAUGUAAGAGUCCAAGUAAUUACGACUACACUCGGCGAUUUGGACCGCGAAAUUAUGCAUGGGCGCGUGGAGAAGGGCGACCUGGGAACAGAUGUAUACGGUGUAGUUGAUCAGAUUGGAGAGAACGUUACGAGCGUUUCUCCGGGUGACCACGUUGUGGGGAUUGCCCGUGGAUCUUUACGAGACUUCGUUACAUGCCAUCACCGACUCCUGUAUAAAGUACCGAGCUACCAACCCGAACUUCGACCUAUCUAUCUACCCACGAGUUUCUCUAUUGCCAGGCAUGCGCUUGGUAAUCUCAAGGCUGGGAACACUAUCCUAAUUCAUGCUGGCGCGGGAACAUUCGGCCAAACUGCGAUUCAGCUUGCCAAAUCUGCAGGAUCCGUAGUUUUCGCCAGCGCGGAGACUGACCAUGAGCGUGGCCUUCUUAGCCAUGUUUGGGGACUCCAAGAGGACUACAUCCUUGACGCUAGAGUAGAAGCCUUUGUCGACACGAUAAUGUGUGGCCGGGUGAUCAGUUUCGCUGACAAACCUGAUCGUAGCGAUAUGACGACGUGUGAAACUGAUAUUAUCGGCAAGACAUUUAGCUGCACAACCAUAAAUGUAUCACGUCUCAUCAAAUACCAACCGGAUCGCCUUGGUGAUGCUUUGACAUCUAUUUACCCCAAACUCUUGUCCUGGCAGUUUAGGAGCUGGAGUCAAGCUCCGCAAGAUGUAUACGACUACUCCGACCUGGCGGCUGCUUUCGCAGCAUUGGAUUCGGACACAGUUGGUGGCUAUGUCUAUUGCCAGCGACCCACAUUGAAACCUAUUCCAAUCCUCCCACGAACUCCUCCUUCUGUAAGCUCCUACUUACACGGAGAUGCCACUUAUGUCCUGUCCGGUGGACUCGGCGGGCUCGGCAUAGAGGUUGCUAAGUUGUUGACGGCCAAUGGUGCUAAGAACAUCGCGUUUUUAGGACGAUCCGGCACGACGAACGACUUGGCUAAAUCUUGCGUCAACUUUCUCCGCACGAAGCGGGUCAAUGUGGAAGUUUUUAAGGUGGACGUCUGUAAUACCGAAGCCCUUGGAAAGACUGUAAGCGAGAUCCAGCAAUCUAUGCCUCCCGUGAAAGGUAUAUUUCAAUGUGCGGCAGUACUGCGCGACUCGGUCUUCGAAAACAUGAAGUACAAAGACUGGCAAUUGGCAACAAAGCCUAAGACAGUAGGUUCCUGGAACCUCCACCAGGCCUUUGGCAACGAUCUAGACUUUUUCAUCUUCCUGUCUAGCUCAGCUGGUGUGAUCGGAAAUCGCGGACAAGCGAAUUACGCAGCGGGCAAUGCGUUCCAGGACUCGCUUGCUAGACAUAUCAAGACAACAAGUGAGGGCAAAGUGAACGCUGUAUCGAUUGAUCUAGGCCCAGUCCUUGAAGCAGGAAUGCUUGCUAAUGAUCCCGAGACGCUGGAUAAGCUCAAAGCAAGCGGUUUCUUUGGAAUUAGACUCGAAGAUAUCAAACGCAUCAUCGAGCGAGCGAUUACCGGUUAUAUGGAAGACGGCCAGAGGAUACCGGUGCAAGUUGUCACAGGAGUUGGAACUGGCGGGCUGAUUCUGCAAAACAAACCGGCAGAUCCUUACUGGACGCGCACGGCUAUGUUCACCUAUCUCAACCAGGUGGACAUGCCAGAAGGUUUGGACAAGACUUUAGAAGAAGCUUCAGGCCCGCGGGAGGUUAUGCAGAGAUUAUUAGCACAGGCAACAGAUGCAGAUGAAGCACGAUGCAUUGUUAGUAAGGGUCUUAGGGAGAUGCUCUCAAAGAGCAUGAAUAUGGAAUCGGCAGACGUGGACGAGUCUAGACCUCCCAGUGCCUAUGGUGUUGACUCAUUGGUGGCAGUAGGGGUUCGCAACUGGGUCUCUCGAGAGUGUGAGGCUGAUGUGAGCAUUUUUGAGGUGCUCAGCGAAACUAGCAUUGGCGAUCUCAGCGCCACAAUUGUGCAACGGCGAGAAAAGGGCUAA